CAUUCAUGUCAGCGAAAUAAAAGAACAGGAUGUGUGUGUGUGCCCCCCCGUAUCGUCCGGUCGCGACUUCAAGGACCGCAACGCCAACCUCCGCCGCACGAGAACGCUAAAAGGCAAAGUUCAAAAAGGGGAGCGACCGGGACGUGGAGGACGACGAGCGAUCGUGGCUCCGAACGCACUUGCGGUUCUCGUCCACGUCAGUCAACACGAGUUGCCUUCAAAGAUUGUUACGUUCUCCAAUGAAGCCCAGCGUGCGAACUCACAAGCCAAAUUCGAAGCACUGCGCGUCCAGUUCUUAGUCGACUUCUUUUACGUGCGACCGAUUUAAUGACGGCGAACAAAAAAAAAAAAAAUACAAAAAUUAAAGACAUUUUCAAAAAUGUCAUCUCAACAAAUUGGAACAGAAAUGGUAUUACAUUGCCCGUUUUCCCAGUACACGCGAACGCACCAGCCUAUUCACUUUUCUCUAUGGUCGAACGGGCGGUGGCUCGGACCAAUGAGUGCGCACCAAACGCCGAGUUUGACCAAUAGAACGUCGCGUGCGGGCGGUUCCGGCGUCCUCCUCUUCCCGGUCCGCACGAGAAACCGCUUCAAACGUAACGCCCAAAAGAACAACAACAACAACAAAAACACACUUUCCGAUCGGAAUUUGGAUGAGUCGGACGAAGCCGUCGCGAUGGGUUUGCUGACUAUUCUCAAGAAGAUGAAGCAGAAAGAGCGGGAGAUGAGACUCCUGAUUCUCGGUCUGGACAACGCGGGGAAGACGACCGUCGUGAAGAGGCUGAACGGCGAGGACAUCAGCACCGUCCCCCCGACCCUGGGCUUCAGGAUCAUCACCUUGGAGCACAGAGACUACAAGUUGAACAUUUGGGACGUGGGAGGCCAGAAGUCGCUGCGCUCCUACUGGAGGAACUACUUCGAGCGCACAGACGGCCUGGUGUGGGUGGUGGACAGCGCAGACCGACAGCGAAUGGAGGACUGCAGGCAGGAGCUCCACAAGCUGCUGCUGGAGGAGAGAUUACUCGGUGCCACGUUGCUGGUGUUCGCAAACAAGCAAGACUUACCCGGCGCAUUGUCAGAGGAAGCCAUACAAGCGACAUUGGCCUUGGAUGACAUCAACAACCACCACUGGUGUAUCGUCGGAUGCAGCGCCGUGACAGGACAGAACCUGCUGGCCGGAGUCGACUGGCUGUUGGACGAUAUCGCCGCCAGGCUCUUCAACGCGGACUGACAAACAUUAAAGUCGCCUUGUGUUGCCAUUUCUUGUUUAUAAAUGUACAAAAAGCCUUUCGGAUUACCGUCUAAAUAAAUACGCGCCAGACAA